AUGGAAAGAAAAAACCAAACUCUGUCUGAAUUCAUUAUCUUAGGAUUCUCCAACCUAAAUGAUUUGCAAUUUUUACUCUUCAGCAUAUUCCUUAUGAUCUAUCUCUGUACACUGGGAGGAAACAUCUUCAUUAUUUUGGUGACAUUGGCUGAUACCCGACUGUAUAUACCUAUGUAUUUUUUUCUGAGGAAUUUGGCCUUUCUUGAUAUCUGUUAUACCACCACCAAUGUCCCCCAAAUGAUGGCUCAUCUUCUAUCAGAGAAGAAAAGCAUUUCCUAUGGGGGCUGCAUAACUCAACUUUUGGCAUUCCUUUUCUUUGUGGGAGUAGAGUGUCUUUUGCUGGCAGCAAUGGCAUAUGAUCGUUACAUUGCAAUCUGCAAACCUCUAAGGUAUUCAGUUAUCAUGAAUAAGGCUGUAUAUGGCCAGUUAGCAGCCUCAUGCUGGACUGGUGGUUUCCUCAACUCAGUGGUGCACACAGUACUGACGUUCCGCCUGCCCUUCUGUGGCAACAAUGAGAUUAAUUAUUUCUUCUGUGACAUCCCCCCUUUGCUGAUCUUGUCUUGUGGGGACACUUCUGUCAAUGAGUUGGUAUUACUCUUCAUUGGGGUCUUCAUUGGAUGGGUGCCUUUCCUGGGUAUCAUCCUUUCCUACCUUUAUAUCAUCUCUACCAUCUUGAGGAUUCGCUCAUCAGAAGGGAGGCAAAAGGCAUUUUCUACAUGUGCCUCCCACCUGGUCAUUGUCCUUCUCUAUUAUGGCAGCUCCAUCUUCACAUAUGUACGACCCAUCUCAUCUUACUCAUUGGCAAAAGACCGGCUGAUCUCGGUACUGUAUAGUAUUGUCACUCCCAUGCUAAACCCCAUAAUUUACACUUUGAGGAACAAGGAUAUCAGAAAGGCCCUGAGAGCUAUGAGAGAAAAGUAG